AUGGCUGGUGGCCAGCAACGGUCUCCAGAGCCAGAACCACUGUUUCUUGUCUGCAAGCUUUCUUUUCUUCUCUUUGCUCAAAUGUCUCAGCAGAUUCAGAAAACUACUGCAAAUCACACAGAGAUGCUGUCCAAUCCCAGGCUCACACUUGUUCAGGGGACUUUGAAUGUAGUGAUGAACCAGAACGUGACCCUCUCCUGCCACUCAGACUCUGGAUCUCUGCCUGUCAGAUACACAUUGUUUAAACCAAAUCAGAAGGUAUCCACUUUAAAUAGGACAGACUUGAGUCCUGGUUUGUUUAACUUCACUAUCAACUCUGCCAGCGAUGUGGGUGAAUACAAAUGCAAAGCCGAGACUAACAUCUCCAGUGGCGGAAAAUACAGCAAGAGUCUCAAAUUCACCCUGAUAGAGCCAAUUUCCAAACCAGUGCUGAGCUCACCCACCUCUCAAGCAAAGAAAGGCCAGAAUGUGACCCUGUCUUGCCUCUCAGAGAACGGCUCGCUUCCUAUCACAUACAUAUUCUUCAAAGGAAGACAAACCAUCUUUCCCCCAGUGAAGAUGCGUAAGAGGGAAGCAGCUGUGGUUUUUCUAUUUAUCAAUUCCUCUAGUGACUCUGGAACCUAUAAAUGCAGCGCUAAAAAUAGCUUUCACAAUAAUACAAAAUACAGCAACGGUUUCAACUUUACAUUGGCAGAAGAGAGAAGUCAUUCUCAACACAUGAUAAUUUCUCUUGUGGUGAUCUUGCUGCUAUUCAUAAUAGGAUUUGCUCUGGCAAUUCCAGUUUUCGUAAUUCCUUCAUAUAAAGCAAGAAAAUUUAAGUCUACUUGGUCCUCAACUGGCCCUACUUUAACAAUGAAUGCAGAAGAGUCUGAAAACUAUGUCAUAUACACAGAAAUUGAGUAUGUUAAACCAGAAGAAGAAUAUGUCAACAUUUCUGUUAUAAGAAGAGAAGAUGAAAAAGAGAAGGUGGCAUGCGCUACAGUCUAUUCACAGGUCCUCAUCAGAGACUGAGCACAAGGUAAGAUCUCUUUUGUCAUUAACUUAAUCAUGUAUUUUUAAAGAAUCUUUCAGAUAAGUAACCUGGAAGACCUACAUGGUCUAGAUUUGGCAGAAAACAGAUGCAGCACCAAGUUCCACCAGAACUAUUUGCAGGGACAUCACGGAGUCUGUGAUGCUGUAGAAGCCACUUCAGGCACAGAUGUUUAA